CGUCGGGCGGAGACACCGCCAUGGCGACAUGGUCUGGCCACACAAAGUACUAACUAUAGACACCUGCACCCUGUAGCUGACGGCACCAGGUUUUGUUUUUGAAGGUCUUUAAAUUACAUUUGUUUGGUACAAGAAGCAUCUCCACCCGCCGAGGUCCAAGACUUUGGUGGUUGAUCGCCUCAUGCAUAGGCCCAGCAGCAUGUCCAUUAGGGCUGCAUUUGCUUUCACAUGCCACUACGAAAGGCACUGCGAGCAUCGUUGUUUGGCAUGGUGAAGAAUAAUAUUCGAACGCUGCGGAUGGACGGUGGUCUAGAAAUAAGAGAGCGACUACUGAGACGGGCUGGGAUGGUGCUGGUGGAAUGCGGCGAGAUGCUGGGUGGCGAAAUGCAUGGGGGGAAUGGAGUGGGGAGUGCCUUCGAGACGCUUGCGCAGUAUCCGGUUGCCCUCCUCGAGCCCGCGGAUGAACUGCACGGCGUGCGACAGAAUGACGGCCUUGCUGGGCGUGCUCUGAGCAGUGCCCGGGUGGUUGCCGAGCGCUGGAUCACGCAGAGUCGUCACCAGCGUCAUCAGCUCUGCAUAGCCCUGGCGGAUCUGGUUGCGGCGGCGCUGCUCCGACGCAAUGUGGUUGGCGCGCCGCUCGUCCUCAGUCAGAAUAACGCGCUGCGAGUUUUUCUUGCUGUCUCGCCGCUUGACGCCGGCCAUGCCAUCGUCGCUGUCACCAAACGACAUUGCUUUCUCGCGGGUCUCCUGCACGGCGCUGCCGUCGGCUGCAGGCGAUGUGCCCGGGAACGAGGCUGUUUGUGGAGACAUGAUCGACAUCAUUGGCGUAGCCGGCGACGGCCGACUGCUGGCGAGCAUUCCGCCUGUGCUGAUAAUCGGCGCUUCGUGCAGAGGCGGGCGCGGAAGGCCGCCGCGGUUUUUCCUUGGCUGGUCGACCUGGUCAUGCGACGCCUUGCGUUUCACAGACAUCUCCGACUCGGACGAUCGGCUUCGGGUACGGCAGCGUUGCUGAUGUGGGCACAGUGGGGCUCAUCACCGAACCCAUGGGGAAUGCGCUCGAGAAGCCCGAUGGCGAGUACAUCUGGUCAUGGCCAUACAUGCCAGCCGUGGCGGGUCCAGCCAUCGCCAGGGAGGCAAGCGUCUGCGGGUCGCGGAAUUGACUGGUGCUCGGCAUGCUUGACAGCGGCGCCGAGUUUGGCACAUACGUCUCGCUCUGGUGAUCCUGGUUCUGCAUCAGCCAGGACGACACCUUGUGCAGUUCCUCCGACAUCACGUUGCCCAGCGACAAGGGCGCUGUGCUGCCCAGGCUGUAGUCAAAGUAUGGUCGCCGCUGCAUCGGGACCAUGCCGCCCACGGUGCCGCGGCUAUGGGCGCCAGACGCGCCAGGCGAGUUCAUGCGCGCAAAGUUCUGUGUUCCGUCGUGAGCUGCUUCGUCGAGUGAGAGAUGCGGGAUGGCGUCGUCCAUGGUGCCCAGCAUUCCGGCGCCCACUCCCAUGCCCAUGCCCAUGCUGGUCAGGUCACUGCGUGCGCUAAAGUUUUGCAUUGGCGGUGGUGAUCCGAGGUACGUUCCAAUAUCGAAUCCGUCGGCGUCAAAGCUGCUGAGGAAUGACUGCAGGUACGACUCUUCGUUCGUGUCAAAUAGUGUAUCGAUCGGGGCGGGCGGCUGGGCGGCUCCGGGUUGGCUGGUCUGUUCGAUCUGCUGCGUGUCCGCCAGGAACGAAAGCUGUUGUUGCUGGGCGAGAAUGUUGGCCGCGGCUGAAGCCUGCUGUUGCUGCUGUUGCUGCUGGGUGGGCUGGGGGUCACUCGUAGAUAUCUGGUGGUUCUGGGCAGCGAUGUUUGUGCUGCUGGCUUGCGUCUGUUGGUCGGUCGGCGA